UCUAAAAGACGUAAUAAUCGUCACGUGACAAGAGUUCUUAUAUACGUAGUUCACCGCAAUACUUGGCAUUUGUAUGAAAAUGAACUCAGGAGGUUGGUGUGUUUUGAGAGCUGGUGAAGACUACAGACGUCAACAAGCAAUGGCAAUUCCUUCAGUGCUCCAUAUCCUCCUCAUCUUUUCCCUGGUGGGCCACAGCUUUGCAGAGGAUGAGGCUUCUCCUCGAGGCUGUGGCUCCCUCCUAACCAGGCCAUUCACCAACCUGUGCGACCUGGACGCAGUGUGGGGUGUAGCGGUGGCAGUGGCGGCAGGCGUGGCGGUCCUGGCCUCGCUGAUCCUGGCCCUGGUGUUGUUGUGCCGCCUGCGACGCAUCACAGAGCCUGAGGCUCGCAGCGGAGUGGCACCGCUGAUCCUGCUCCUAGCCACCAUUAGCAUGCUCUCUGCUCUUAGCUUUGUCCAUGUCAUGGAGAGUGAAGAGCAUGUGUGCAUUGCCCGACACUCCCUCUGGGGGGCACUCUUACUCCUUAGCAUUGCAUACCAAGCGACCCAGGGUGUGCGAUUGCUCCGGUGCCCCUGCUUCAGGGCCAUGGCGGGGGUGGCGAUAGGCCUGGCUGUAGUGCUGGGUCUUGCUAGUGUUGAGUGGAUCCUGGCGAUUGCACUACACCGAGGCCUGCCCGUUUGUCAGUAUCAGCCGCUGCGCAUCAGCUUGGUCUGCAUAUACGUGGUGACCCUGGUGUUGGCAGUACCAAUUGCCUUGACCCGUGGCCUGACUCGGGGGCAGCCACAGUGGAAAUGUAGAAUUCUCAGCCUAUUUAUUAUGUGCUACAUCUCUGCUGUGGUGUGGGCCAUAUUUUUAACAUACCAGCUAUACAACAAAUCGCUUCCUGUCCAGUCCCCUAACAAGGAAGACGAGAUGCUGGCAAAGAUGCUGGUGGUGCAGGCCUGGCUGCUGCUGGUGCUCCAUGCCACUCCUGAAGCUCAUGCCUGCCUGCGCUCAGCCUCACAGCCUUCGGGUCUGGUUGAUAUUGCCAUGCAGGCCCAGCCCCGCUCGAGGGAAGCCAGUGUGGAAGAGGGCCUUCCCCUGUCCCCCCAGCCUAGUGUAGAGAGCCAGGGCUCUCCAUCACACAGCAGCUCAGCUGGUUCAGAAAGUCAGUGGCCCAGCACAUCCUUCCAUAUGGAGAUGAGCAGCAACGCAGAGCCCAUGCCCUCCACCUCCACCGGAAUAUAUCACAUUUGGCAUACACAGUCAUCUGGAUUUUGAGGAGGAUGGCUCUGCUUAAUUGGCCAUGGACCAGCUGCUGCUCCCCACUGGACAUCUGCAAGAUUAUUAAUACUUACAUGAUUAAAAUAUGUAAUUUUUAUGAC